AUGUCCCAGCCCGGCCAGAAGCCCGCCGCUUCCCCGCGGCCCCGGCGUGCUGCGGCGACCCGCCACACCCAGGAGCAUGCCAAUGAGAAAACAAGUGGAUCACCUUCUAAACCAGGAGAAAAGAAAGGAGCAGAUGAGAAAAAAACAGCAAGCCUUGGGAGCAGCCAGCCCUCCAGAACACAUGCUAGUGGAACAGCCUCUGCCAGCAAGGUAUCUGCUGCCUCUGCUGCAACCAGCAAAUCUUCUAGUAUGAAUCCUACAGAAUCCAAGGCUGUAAAAACAGAACCUGAAAAACAGUCACAGUCAACUAAGCCACCUGUGGUUCAUGAGAAAAAAUCCCAAGAAGAGAAGCCAAAGGAACACAGAGAGCCCAAAAGCUUGCCCACACAUACAUCAGAUACAGGCAGCAAGCAUGCGCAGAAAGAAAAAGCAGUUUCCAGGUCAAGUGAGCAGCUUACAACAGAGAAAUCAACAGAACCAAAGAGUAAAUCAAAGGACACGAUUUCUGCUGAUGGAAAGAGUGUUGUUGCUGGUGUAACAGCAACAUCUGGCAAACCAGAUGACAAGAAAAAAGAAAAUAAAUCAUUAACACCAGCUGUACCAUCUGAAUCCAAACCGAGUAAGCCAUCUGGAAAGUCAGGCAUGGAUGCUGCUUUGGAUGACUUAAUAGGCACUUUGGGAGAACCUGAAGAAACUGAAGAGGAUACUACAGCAUAUACUGGACCAGAAGUUUUGGAUCCAAUGAUAUCCACUUAUAUAGAAGAAUUGGGUAAAAGAGAAGUUACAAUUCCUCCAAAAUAUAGGGAACUUCUGGCUAAAAAUGAAGGACUCUUACAGCCUCCUGCAGACUCUUCGAAACCCAUGGGGCCUGAAGAUGCUAUAGAUGCCUUGUCAUCUGACUUCACCUGCAGUUCUCCUACCACUGGUAGAAAGAAAACUGAGAAAAAGAAAUCUACAGGAGAGGUUUUAAAAGCUCAGUCAGCUGGGCCAAUCCAAAGUGCUGCUCCACCCCAUGAGAAGAAGAGAAAGGUGGAGAAGGAUACAAUGAGUGAUGAAGCACUUGAUGCCCUCUCUGCUUCACUGGGCACCCGGAAACCAGAGCCAGAGCUAGACCUGAGUUCUAUUAAGGAGGUUGAUGAGGCAAAAGCCAAAGAAGAAAAACUGAAGAAGUGUGGGGAGGAUGAUGAAACAAUCCCAUCUGAGUUCAGAUUAAAACCUGUCACAGAUAAAGAUGGGAAACCAUUAUUGCCAAAGCCUGAAGAAAAGUCAAAGCCCCUGAGUGAAUCAGAACUCAUUGAUGAACUUUCAGAAGAUUUUGACCGGUCUAAAAGUAAAGAAAAACCAUCUAAGCCAACUGAAAAAGUAGAAGAAUCUAAGACCCCGGCCCCAACUCCUGUGGGAGAGACUGUGCCUCAGACCUCAAUGUGUAGUAUUCAGUCAGCACCACCUAAGCCAGCUAAGGACAUGGUGCCAGAUGAUGCUGUAGAAGCCUUGGCUGGUAGCCUUGGGAAAAAGGGAGCAGAUCCAGAAGAAGGAAAACCUGUGGCAGAUAAAGUCAAGGAGAAAGCCAAAGAAGAGGACCGGGAAAAACUUGGUGAAAAAGAAGAAACAAUUCCUCCUGAUUAUAGAUUAGAAGAGGCCAAGGAUAAAGAUGGAAAACCACUCCUGCCAAAAGAGCUCAAGGAACAGCUUCCACCCAUGAGUGAAGACCUCCUUCUUGAAGCAUUGUCUGAGGACUUCUCUGGUCCCGUAAACACUUCACCUCUUAAAUUUGAAGAUGCCAAACUUGCUGCUGUGAUUUCUGAAGUAGUUUCUGAAACCCCAGCUUCAGUCACCCACUCUGCAGGCCCAUCCCCUAAGGCCCCGCAAAGUGACAACAAAGAACUAGAUGAUGCCCUGGAUCAGCUUUCUGACAGCCUAGGACAAAGACAGCCUGACCCAGAUGAGAACAAACCAAUGGAGGAUAAAGUAAAGGAAAGAGCUAAGGCUGAACAUAGAGACAAACUAGGAGAAAGAGAUGACACUAUCCCACCUGAAUACAGACAUCUCCUGGAUAAGGAUGAGGGCAAACCAGGGAAGCCAUCCACCAAGGAAUCAAAGAAACCUGCAGAUGACCAAGAUCCCAUUGAUGCCCUCUCAGGAGAUUUUGACAGCUGUCCUUCAAAUACAGAAACUUCACAGAAAGCAGCAAAGGACAAAGGCAAGAAGACAGAAUCCAGCACCACAGCACCCAAGAAUGGGGAUAAAUCAAAGGAUUCACCAAAGGCAGAAGAGGAAAUUUCCAAGCCCAAAGCGGAUGAAGGAAAGACAAGUUAA